AUGAACACUUAUGAUGAUCCGGGUGUACUGGCUGGAAUUCGUUCAAUGAAUUUGGAAUUACAUUUAACUGACACUCAAAAUGCAUAUAGUAAAGAAAUUGAAAAGUUUGACACAAAUCUUACAGAAGAACGUGAAAUGAUUUUACGCUAUUUUCAUCAACAAUUAAAUGAAAUACGUCAAAAAAUGGAAAUUUUACUUGGUCAAAAAGAAGCUGAAAUUAAACAGGUUCAACAAAAACUUGAUAAAACAAUUCAAUCGUCAAAUGAAAUUGAAAUAAAAAAUAAAGAUGUUGAAUUCCUUAUGCAGAUGGAAGAUAAAUUCUUGAACUUCAUUACAAAUCUAAGUGAUAUUAUGGAAGCCGAAAUUAAACAAUGUGAAAUGAGCGGAGAACAUUUUAAUCAUAUCUUUGCUUUUAAUGAGAAAAUAAAGAAAACAGUAGACCAAGUUAAAAGUCAAACAGAAAGUAAGGAUCAUUUUCAGCGUCUGAAAGAUUCAAUUCAAAUUCUUAAAGACUAUAGUCAAUUACUACAAAUAAUUGUAAUUAAAUUUGCCGGUAUACAACGUCAUACACAAUUUAUCAUAAAUCAAGAAAAAGAGAAAAAUGAAAAACUUGAAAAAGCUUUGGAGAUACAUCAAACGAAUUUAUUUAAUUUACAGACAACAUUUGAUAAUAUAUCAAGACAAAACCAAAAACUUUUCAAUGAAUAUGAAGAAUUACAACAGAAAAUUCAACUGAAAGAGGUUACAAUUAAAACUUUACAAGAAGAGAAUAAUCAAUUAUCAGAGAAUUAUAAAACUGUUUUACAGAAAUUAACUUCCAACAAUACUAACAAUAACAACAGUAGUAGUGUCAACACAAAUAAUGUGAAAAGAAAUGAUGGAACUUAUGAGAGUAACAAAAGUAAUGAUGAUAAAAGUAUUAAUGAUCGCAAACAAAAUAACAAAGAAUAUACACAACCUGAUCAAAAUCAUCACCAACGUGAAUCUCCAAUGAAUCCAACGCAUAUGACGUACCCGGAAAAAAAUAAUAUAUCAUUGUAUCAAAUAUCAAAAGAACAAUUAGCUAUGCGACAAUAUCAAAAUGAUUUAGAAGAAACUAUUAGGAAACAAGCAAAACAAAUUAGACAAUUAAAAAGUACAGUCUCAAAAUAUCGACCGAAUGAUCCGAUAUGGACAGAAAUGGUUGCUACAAAAGAUCAGUGA